AUGUAUGGAAUGUCUGGACGAACAUCUGAUGAAAUGAAAGAGUGUAUGGAAAGCGAACAUAUAGAUGAGUAUGAUAGCGAGGAUGACGAUGAAACCGACAUGAGCGAAAGUGAGGAUGACAAUGAAAUGAAUAUGAGCGAAAGUGAGGAUGAUGAUGAAACCAGUAUGAAUGAGAGUGAAGAACACCUUGAAAAUGAUAUGAGCGAGAGUGAGAAUGAACUGGAAACUGAUGUGAGCAGAGUGUCUAGACUGGAAGACAGUCUAGAACUGGAAGAUCUGGAAGACGGCAAUGAGGAACUGGAAGAGACCACGGAAACUGGACAACUGGAAAGCACCGAGGAAGAAGGAGACCUGCCCACACUACAUCAAGAACAGCCAGAUGUAGAAAUGCAGAGGUUACAACACUCCCUGGAAGAGAGUCAGGCUAACGGUACUAGAAUGGAACAGCUCCUUAAAGGAAGCAGGAAAGGCGAUAGAGCGGAUUCAAAGGGAACUUGA